AACAGUCGAAAAGCCAUUUUUCCUUGUUUCAUUUCUGAUCCAAAAUUUAUAAGAACAAUGGAUUUUACAAAGCUGUUGCCAGAAGACUGCGUGUGUCUGAUCAUAUCAUUGACUUCGGCUCGAGACGCACGUCGAUUAGCCCUGGUUUCUCCUGCCUUGAGAUCAAUUGCAGACUCUGAUGCUGUGUGGGAGAGGUUUCUACCUUGUGAUUAUCAGAAAAAUAUUUCAGGAUCCUCAUCUCCAUCUUUGCUUUCAUGGACAAAGAAGGAUAUUUAUUUUUAUCUCUCCUCUCAUCCCAUUCUCAUUGAAAAUGGUACCAUGAGCUUUCAAUUGGAGAAAGAGACUGGGAAAAAAUGCUAUAUGCUAGGGGCAAGAGCACUGUCAAUUAUAUGGGGAGAGACACUUGAGUACUGGAAAUGGACAUCUCUCCCAGAAUCUAGGUUCUCUGAAGUUGCUGAGCUCAGGUUAGUUUGGUGGCUGGAUGUGAAGGGAAAGAUUGAGACCAGAAAGUUAUCUCCCGGAACAAACUAUGCAGCAUACCUUGUGUUUAAGCUUAGAAGGAGAAGAUAUGGGUUUAGACAGAGAACUGUAGGUGUGCAUGUGAACAUGGAAGGAACCACAUCAGGGGAAGUAAGGAGUGUGUCUCUAGACUAUCCACAAAAUGUUCCCCAACAAGCUCAAGAAAGAGGAGAUGGAUGGAUGGAGAUUGAAAUGGGUGAGUUUUUGAAUGAACAUGGAGAUGAUGGGACAGUCGAGUUUUGCCUUCGGGAGAUCAACUGUAAUUACUCUAAGAGUGGCCUCAUUAUUGAAGGAAUUGAGGUGAGGCCUAAAAAUAUUGGUAGGUAAUAUCAUCUUCUCCUUUCUAUUUGGUUCAACAUUCCUUUGCAGGAUUUGAAUAUUUAAUGUUUUGUAUUUGAGGAGAAAAAGUUAUGGCAUGCACAUUCCAAUAAUGUUUAAAUAUUUUGUCCCGCAGGCAGA